CUAAAACUACUACGAGAUCAAUACAAUACUCUAAAUUCUAAACAUCCGAUUACAAGGCGUGUUUUCGAUCCCUCGACCGACCACACGCCACCCACAAAAUGGCCAUGAAGAAUAUUGCCUUGGUUGUCCUCGUAGUUGUUGUCUGCAUAAGCGCAGCAAUGGCUGCUGAACCUGUAAAAGGCGCCGCAGCCGCCAACGCUGAACCUGUAAAGGGCGCCGCAGCGGCCAAUGCUGAACCUGUAAAGGGCGCCGCAGCCACCCCCGCCACAGCCACAACCGCUGCAGCCACCCCUGCCGCAGCCACAACCGCUGCAGCCACCCCCGCUGCAGCCACAACCUCUGCGGCCACCCCCGCUAGCACCCCCACCGCUGCGGCCGCAGCUGGCCCUGAAGCUUCUGCUCCAGCACGUAGUGGAAGCAACAUGAACGCCGUUGGAUCUCUGGUUGGAGCUUCACUCUUGCCCUUCUUGGCCAUUUACUUGAACUAAAUUGUUAAUUAAGUGAUAAAAUAGGACGAGAGAAGUACUUGAUCAUCUUUUUAAUUAGGGCGUGUGCGUAUAAUAUGUUCCCCAAUAAAUGAAGCUAUAACGCUUUUUACUCAUA